CAACAACAACAACAACAACAACAACAACAACAACAACAACAACAACAACAACAACAACAACAACAACAACAACAACAACAACAACAACAACAACAACAACAACAACAACAACAACAACAACAACAACAACAACAACAACAACAACAACAACAACAACAACAACAACAACAACAACAACAACAACAACAGCAACAACAACAACAACAACAGAGCAACAACAACAACAACAACAACAACAACAACAACAACAACAACAACAACAACAACAACAACAACAACAACAACAACAACAACAACAACAACAACAACAACAACAACAACAACAACAACAACAACAACAACAACAACAACAACAACAACAACAACAACAACAACAACAACAACAACAACAACAACAACAACAACAACAACAACAACAACAACAACAACAACAACAACAACAACAACAACAACAACAACAACAACAACAACAACAACAACAACAACAACAACAACAACAACAACAACAACAACAACAACAACAACAACAACAACAACAACAAC